AUGUCGUGGCAGGUGGUGUGUCACGUACGAUCGAAGUCGAAGCAUGAGGUGGGAGCUGCUGGUGGCAUCCUGGAUGGAGGUGGUUGUUGCUGUGGGAAGGGAGCUGCUAGCGAUGGUGGUGGUGGUGCCGGCGUCGAGGAACGUGUGAAUGGUGGUGGUGGUUGCUGGCUGAGGGUGUCCGUUGACGUGCUUAGUGGCGUUAGAACGGGUGCCAGAAGAAUUGGCAUGGGGGGUGUAGCGAGUGCUGCCGAACGCGAGGAUGCUGGUGGUGGCGUGUUAGCAGCGUGCAUGCGGGAAGUAUCGCGUUUAUGGAAGGCACGGGUAUAG